AUGCCAUCAUCAGAGUUCUGGAUAUCAAUAUUAACGAUGUAUUUUUCAUCGGUAGUUGUUUCAAAUUUUGUAAGUGUCAAGAACACACCAAAAUCGAUGUUUAGGCCGGAAGAGGUUAUAUUUUCAACAAAUUACAACAUAACAAAAUUAUUAGUACCCUCAGGUGGAACAUCCUACAUACACGAGGAUGUAUCAAAUAUUCCGUCAAUCUUUCUGACUAUAUCUGAUCCCAGGUUAGAAGGGGGUAGUUGUAUAUAUGUGCUCGAAGAAUUAGCUGCCUAUGAAAUCCUAGAAGGCGGAAGAGAUUCCACCUCAGAUUAUAGCACCGACAAAAACGUUUACUUCGGCGGCAAAGACGGCGUUUAUAGAUACGAUGCAGAAACUCUGUCAGCUAAGAAAUUCGGUCCAUUCAGAGACGACAUCAUUCAGAUCCAAAAAGCAAACGGUUCCGAUGCUAUUUACUUCUUAACAUCAGAUAAAAAAUUGUUCAAACUUCAAAAGAAUGGCACGGUAAAGAGCAAGAUUCAAGCUGUUUCUUGUGCGUUGGAGUUUGUUUUGGACACUUCAAAUAAUAUCUACUUUAUUGCAUGCGACGAUGGUUUACCCAGGGUCAUUAAACCUGAUGGAAAUUUAGUGGACUUUAUGUCAAGUGUCACUGAAGAUUUUAAAGAAGUAACGCUUCUGAGACCAGCAUUCUUAAUGGAUAGAUCAAUACCUUUCAUCGCUGAUGGGCAAUUAUAUGUUCUGUAUGCUAAUGGAACUAGCGAGAAAAAAGAUUUCUUUAUUAAAGAAAGACCGACUGCGUACAGUGUGGAUGCCGCUUUAUAUUUAGUGGCAGCGUUGGAUGGUAAGGUUUAUGAAUUUAAUAUUAUGGAAGCGAUGGUUAAAUCAAUGUUCAGUUUCACUUCGGAAUGGCCAAAAGAUCUUACGAAACUUAUCAUGUCGAUCAUAGAGACGGGGAAGGACGAAAUAUAUAAAGAUUUCAAUCAUUUCUUUUGA